AUGUUAGAGCAGUUGUUGAUAUUCACUAGGGGCGGUUUAAUUCUAUGGACUUGUAAGGAGCUUGGAAAUGCACUUAGAGGGUCUCCUAUUGACACUUUAAUCAGAUCCUGUCUUUUAGAGGAGCGAUCAGGUGCUGCAUCGUAUAAUUAUGAUGCUCCAGGUGCUGCUUACACCCUCAAGUGGACCUUCCACAAUGAACUUGGCCUUGUAUUUGUUGCGGUGUAUCAACGGAUCCUUCAUUUAUUGUAUGUGGAUGAUUUGCUUGCAAUGGUGAAGCAGGGGUUUUCUGAGAUUUAUGAUCCAAAGCGGAUGGUCUAUGAUGAUUUUGAUGAAACUUUUAGGCAACUUAGAAUGGAGGCUGAGGCUCGUGCUAGUGAGUUGAAAAGGUCAAAGCAGGUGGCGGUGAAGCCAGUGAACAAUGCCAGGAAGCAAGGGCAGGAUCAAAAAAGUGGAUUUGGAGAAAACAAGAAAAGCAACAGUGGUUUGGCAGAUGGUGGUGAUGCUGAGCGUACAAAAAGUCAUCAGUUGGAGAAUGGUUACUCCAAUGGCAAUCGUGUUAUAGAAUCUAAACUAACCGCUGUUGUUAAUGGAAAAGAAAAUGCAAGUUCCAAUGUUGGGGCUUUUGAUGUAAAUAAACUUCAGAAGCUUAGGACUAAAGGUGGGAAGAAAACUGAUACUGUUGUUAACAAGGGCUCCAAGGAAGAGUCAAAGAAAAAGGUAACAAAGAAGAAUAGAGUUUGGGAUGAUAAACCUGUUGAGGCAAAAUUGGACUUCACAGAUCCUGUGGGUGAGAAUGGGGAGAACAACAUUGAGGUUUUGGCAGCAGACCAGGGCCAAAGUAUGAUGGACAAAGAAGAGAUCUUUAGUAGUGACAGUGAGGAUGAAGAAGAUGAGGAAGGUAGCCAGGGUAGUAAGCCCGAUGCGAAGAAGAAAGGAUGGUUUUCAUCUAUGUUCCAGAGUAUUUCAGGCAAGGCAAGUUUGGAUAAGGCAGAUCUGGAACCAGCUCUGAAAGCUCUCAAGGACAGGCUUAUGACAAAGAAUGUGGCUGAGGAAAUAGCUGAGAAACUUUGUGAAUCGGUAGCAGCUAGUCUCGAGGGAAAAAAGCUAGCUUCUUUCACCAGGAUUUCGUCAACGGUGCAGAACGCAAUGGAAGAAGCGCUCGUCCGUAUUCUGACUCCAAGACGCUCCAUUGACAUUCUGAGGGAUGUGCAUACUGCACAAGAACAAAAGAAGCCUUAUGUGGUAGUUUUUGUUGGUGUCAACGGAGUUGGAAAAUCUACUAAUCUUGCCAAGGUGGCUUAUUGGCUUCUUCAGCAUAAAGUUAGUGUCAUGAUGGCCGCUUGUGAUACAUUUAGAUCUGGAGCCGUUGAGCAGCUUAGGACUCAUGCUCGUAGACUUCAGAUCCCUAUAUUCGAGAAGGGCUACGAGAAAGAUCCUGCAAUUGUGGCUAAAGAAGCAAUCCAAGAGGCAUCUCGCAAUGGAUCCGAGGUCGUUCUUGUUGACACAGCUGGGAGAAUGCAGGAUAAUGAACCACUCAUGAGAGCUCUUUCAAAGCUUAUCAACCUUAACAGUCCAGAUCUAGUCUUGUUCGUCGGGGAGGCCCUCGUUGGGAAUGAUGCUGUCGAUCAACUUUCAAAGUUCAAUCAGAAACUAGCUGACCUCUCUACUUCACCCAAUCCUAGACUGAUCGACGGUAUCUUGCUCACAAAAUUCGAUACAAUUGACGACAAGGUUGGAGCAGCAUUGUCCAUGGUUUACAUAUCUGGAGCACCAGUUAUGUUUGUCGGCUGUGGACAGUCAUAUACCGACCUCAAGAAGCUCAAUGUCAAAUCGAUCGUCAAAACGCUUAUCAAAUAAGGUCUCAGCCACAUAGUUGUAUGCCAACCUCAAUAAACUCAAUGUCAAACCGAUCGCCAAAACGCUUAGCAAACGAGUGCUCUUUGCAGUACAAAGUUUCGGAGCCAUGGCGUUCGGUAAAUGUAUUAAAUGGUGAAAUGUUGUGCUUGUGCUUGUGUUUGUUUUUCCCCUAUGACCACCCUUUUGCUAUAUGCUUAACUUAUUUUAAGUGUAUGCACUCAGUAGGUGUAAUGUUAUCCUUUAGUUUGUUGGAUUGUUGAUUUC